AACUCGAGUUGAUUCAUCACUAGUGAAUUUGUUAAAUGUUAAUUUCUUGCUACAUAUAUAUUUAUCUAUGGUUAAUUUUACCGCGUACUAGCUCCCGGUCCCGUCUUGAUUCCUUGUGGCCGACUGGAAUAGUGUUAAUUUAAUUUAAUUCACGAUUUGUGUUACUGAAAUUGACAAAUUAAGUAUUUUGCUAUUAUUUUAUUAAAUUGUGCGCAAAACAAUCUUCAAAAUGUUUUGGGGACUUAUUAUGGAACCAAACAAGCGCUACACUCAAGUGGUGGAAAAGCCUUUCCAUAUAUCACAAGCAGCCAUGGACAUAUCAACUGGUGACAGUGAUCCCUGUCAAGUAAUGGUUGUGGUUGAUGGCAAAAACUUCCUCGUCUGCACGCUCCAGAAAAACAAAUGCAUUCAAGUACCACUAGAUCUCAAUUUUAAAUCUGGAGACUCUAUUUCAUUCUUGACUAAUGGUAAAUGUAAUGUCCACUUAACUGGAUAUUUAGAUCUGGAGUUCGAAGAGGAAGCAUCUGAUGAAGAAGAAGAGUCUGAAGAGGAGGAGGAGGAAGAAGCACCAGCACUUGUUCCAGCAAAGAAUAAACGUAAACUAGAGAACAGUACAGAGUCUCCUACCAACAAGAAAGCUAAGCAAAACAAAAAAGCAGAAAAAAAAGCAGUUGCUGCCGCUGACAGUUCAGAUUCUGAUGAUGGAGAAGAUGCAUUACAGAAAUUUUUAGAUGGAGAGGAUAUCGACACUGAUGAGAAUGAUGAUUCCUUCAAAGUAAAUACAUCAGCUGAAGCUGACGACAGUGACGCAGAAGAUUCUGAUGAAGAGGAGGAAGACGAGGAAGAAGAGGAGGAUGAUGAAGAGGAGGAAAAUGAGAAGGCCGACACUUCUGAGGAAGCUAAUACCAGCCUUGACACCAGCAAGGACGAAAGUAAAAUUGAUAUGUCUAAAUUAAGCAAGUCACAGAAACGACGGCUUAAAAAGAGAUUACAACAGCAAAACAAAGAACAACCACAAGUGAAUGGAGUAGAUAAGCCAAAGAAGGAGAAACAAGAGGAGAAACAAAAGGGAGAAAAAAAGAAACCAGAAGCUAAGAAGGAAGCGCAAGAGGAGAAAGGUGCUGAUAAAAAGGAAAAGAAAACUCUGAGUGGUGGAGUUUUUAUUGAGGACUUAAAAGUGGGUGCUGGACCUGUCGCAAAGCCUGGUAAAGUUGUGAUGGUUUACUAUGAAGGACGCCUAAAGCAAAAUAACAAGAUGUUUGAUAACUGCGCGAAAGGCCCUGGAUUCAAGUUCAGGUUGGGUUCAAAGGAGGUCAUCAGUGGAUGGGACGUCGGUGUGGCCGGCAUGAAGGUUGGUGGCAAGAGGAAGAUUGUUUGUCCACCUGCGAUGGCGUAUGGAGCUAAGGGAUCACCACCAGUUAUUCCACCCAACUCAACCCUAGUUUUUGAAGUGGAGUUGAAGAAUGUAAAAUAAAGUCUUGUCAAUUGUGUAGGUUAUCUGAAGUGUUCUAGGUCUUAAAGUUUCAUGAUUGGAAUGAAUGUUUUGAAUGUAUUUCAUUAAGAGAACAAUGACAUCGUGUCUACUAUUGUGCCAAUAUGGGGUAUCUGCAAGUAUAUAUCUCAUCAAUAUUAUAUACAUUCUAUUUUUUUAAACAUAGGACUUUUUUUUAAAAAAAAACUUCACUUUACUGCUUCAUUGCAUGCAGAUGCUGCAUAUUAGUUAUUUAGCACAUAAGACAAUAGAUUUUAAGCUUCAAAUAAGCAUUGUUAGAUUAAGGCGUAGCAUUAUUACUAGGCAACUUACUGUGUAGUUAUAAUAAGAUCAAUUUACGAAUAUAGUAAAGUUCAAUAGUUUAUUUAAAUGUCAAAUUCCAUUUCCGAUAAAUAUUGUUUGCUUAGGUAUGCUUAGUUUUUGUGCGUUAAACUUGACAUAGAACUGAAGAAUAAAAUUUGAACUAUAUAUAUAUACCUACCUGUGUUAAUUUUAAUUGAAAAAAGCAAUCGGGGUUUAUUCAAUUAAAUAAUAUUAUUUUUAUAAACUUUUUAUGAUUUGUAUUCUCCUUUAUGAUAUAGGGCCAUUUAAAGUUUACCAAUCCAUCAAAAUUUAAAAAUGAAACAAACAUUUGUUAUUGCUAUUACCCAUAAAAAUGUUAUUUGUGUAAAUACUAAGUGUUAUAACAGAAUUAACAUUAAAUUAUAUUCGUAUUCUU